AAUGUCCAAGAUCAGGCGGAAGGUAACAGUGGAGAAUUCAAAAACCAUAUCCGACAGCAGUAGCAGCAGCAGCACCACAACCAGCAGCACCACCAACCCCACCACCCCCUCUCGCAGGCCCAGUGUGUUCGAGAGACUCGGCCCCAGCACUGGGAGUAAUGCCGCUGAAAGCCACUGCAGAAAUUGGCUGAAGACUGGAAACUGCAGUUACGGCAACACUUGUCGCUACACACAUGGAACUCAGCCACGAGGCAAAGGAUUUAGCUUUAGCCGGUCGACUGAGAGGCCCACAGGUGAUCUGCGGGAGAGGAUGAAGAAUAAACGACAGGAUGUUGACCCGGAAAACUUGAAGCGAGACCUAGACGAGCCCACAUCGCCCACAGUAAGACAGAGAGACUCCUCCAGAGGCCGACACAGAGAGAAGGAGGACAUAAAGAUAACAAAGGAGCGCACCCCAGCCAGUGAAGAAGAGCCCACAGAGUGGGAAACUAACCGUGAAGACUCCGAUAUAGGUGACUACGACUACGAGUUGUCCCUUGAGAUGAAGCGCCAAAAGAUUCAACGAGAACUGCUGAAGUUGGAACAGGAAAACCUGGAAAAGCGAGAAGAGAUCGUCAUUAAAAAAGAUGAGACCCCCACAAAAACCAGAGCAACCACCAUGCCAAAGGCCUCUCCAGAGCUGUUGAGCUCAAAAGACUCGCCUUCAUCCAGAAAAUCCAGCGGCUCCCCAAAACUCAAAGGUGGAGCGAAAGCAGCGGGCUCAGGGAAGAAGGAGAAGAAAGCAGCUGCAUCUUUGGCUGAAGCUACAAGGGCAUCCAAAGGAAGCAAGAAGAAAGGGCCACGUACGCCCAGCCCUCCCCCUCCUGUCCCUUUGGAUAUUCCUGUGGUUGGGAAGAAACACAAAGGCAAGCACAAAAACAAGGAGAAGACGGAGGAGAAGCAGAAAGAAGGGAAAGAUCGUGGACGAGAUACUGAAAAACAUAAGGAGAAGAAGGAGAAACGCAGGGACCGAUCUGACAGUUCCCACAAGGCCAAGCGUGUUGUGACAUCAGACGAGCGCUCGGAUAGCGUGUCACCCGCCUCCAGGGGUGCAUCACCCUCAGCCAGGAAGAAGUCCAGCUCUCCUAAAGUUUCAUCUCAUAAGGCUCCUGUGCUCGCCUCCCCUCCUCGCAGGUCUCCUUCCCCGCCACGCCACCAGCGCACUCCCACGCCUCCCCGCCAUCACUCCCCUUCUUCCAACUCUGGCUCCUCCGCCCAGCGACACUCUCCUUCCCCUCGGCGACGCCGUUCUUCCUCCCCCAGCUACCAUAGAGGCACCACAGGGCCGGCUUCCGCCUCCUCCCCUCCAAGCUCCCGCCGCUCACGUUCGCCUGCAGCCUCCCGCGACACCUCCCCCCACCGGCGGUCGGACAGAUUGAGCCCCAGCCGGCACCACUCCAGAGGCCGAGAGCGCAGUCGGGGAGACAGGGAGAGGAGUCCGCCCUCCCAGGGACGCAGACAGGAGCGUAGAGAUGACAGCCGCAGCAAACGAGAGAAAGAUGGUGUCCGGGAUGACCGCGACUAUGACUCUGAACUCCUCUCAUCUCGAGACGGCCGCGAUGACAGGGAGAGCAGAGAGGCUCGCGAGCGACGCGACACUCGGGAGCGAGGAAGGGAAACAAACCGGGACUCUCGAGACGUGCGAGACAACAGGGACGUGAAGGACUCUAGAGAGAGCCGAGCCGACACCCGCUCCAGUCGAGAGUCACUCGAACGCCGCGACCGGGAACGAGAGCGGGAGAAAGAGAGGGAGCGGGAAAAGGAACGAGAGAGAGAGCGGAGCGACGCCUACAGGAAGGAGGAUCCAGCUCAGGAGGACAGGAUAUAUGGGAGAGGUCAUGGUCGGGAUGAGGGAGGAAGGGGGGACAGGAAUGGACGAGGCUCAAACAGAAAUUCCCGCGGUUCCCAGCUGGACAGCGGUUAUGAUAACUGGGAGUCUCGGAGCAGCGCGGCACGCGAUCGGAGCGCAGAGAGGAGCUCGGAUCGCACCGCAGGGGAAAGAACCUCCGACAGGGGCUCAGACCGAGACCGCUACGAGAGCGACAGAAGAGAGCCGGCCAGAGACUCCUCCUAUGACAGGAGGGGAGGACAUGCAGAGCGGGAUCGCAGAGACAACCGAGACAGAGACCAAAGAGCUGCUUCUCCAAACAGAUACCAGCGGAGGUCAGAGGAGUCUGAGAGGGAUGAGAGGCGGGAGGAGCGCAGGUCAGAUCGGUCAGACGACAGACGGGACGACAGGACCCGCGAGCGAGAGAGGGAGAGGGACAGGGAGCGGGAGAGAGAGCGGGAGAGAGAGAAGGAAAAGGAACGGGAGAGGGAAAAGGAGAAGGAGAGGGAGGCAGAGAGGGAGCGGGCCCGAGAGAGAGAGAGGGAACGAGAAAGAGAGCGAGAACGGGAGAGGGAGAGGGAGGAGAGGGAGAGAGAGAGGAAGGAGAGGGAGAGAGAGAGGGAGCAGCGGGAACGAGAGAGGCAGCGGGAAUGGGAGGAGCGCGAGAGAGGGAGGGAGGACAGGCGUGACCGGAGAGAGGACGGCAGGGACGAGCGACCUAGGCCCAGGGUGGAGAGCAGUCCAAGCCCGCGACCCUCACCCAAGCGCGCAGCUCGGGACUUCAGCCCUGCGGACAGUGAUGACUACAAUAGUCCUGAAGAUAAAAGUGAGCGUCUGACUGGCCGAGGGCAGGCCAAGCUCCACCCACAGCCCCUCCUCCCCAGCCCAGUGUGUCCACCUCCAACUGACAAUGGAGAUAAACAUCGGCUCCUGAGCCAGGUGGUGAGGCCCCAGGACCCUCUGUCCCGGUCGCCACCAAGGGGCCCUGCGCCCGAAGAGAAGGCCGCGCACUGGAAGGAUGAGGAGCGCCGAGGAGUCGGGGAUAAAAGGGAAGCACGCAGUCGCCACGAAGACCUGGAGCUUCGUGGGGAGCGAGGCAGAGGAGCAGAGAGGCGUGGGGAGUACCUCUCAGACGCUCCUGCUGACUCGCGUAUCCGAGGCAGAGAGCAGCGGGAGUCCACCCCUCCGGUGGCUCCUCCAGCUCACCCCGCUGCCGGGGACGACAGAGACGCUGCCGCGUCCCAGCCAUACGAGGAGGGCAAGAAGAAGCCAAAGUCGGUGAGGAAGGGUUUGAAGAAGGUUCGUAAGGAUGAGGAGCCUGCAGGUGGCAACGUAGUGGCUGCUGCCGGGGACCGUUUCAACCCCGAGCCUCCAGCCGCCGCCGCGGCAGAUGUGCCUCCACCCUUACACUCCCCCAGGAAAGGAGCCAAGAAGAAGGCGCCUGAGCGGAAAAGGAAGCGCUCAAGGGAAGAGUCUGAUGCAUCUGAAGAGGAGAUAGCUUCAUCCCUUCUGCCGCACAGCAAGAAAAAGAGGGGUCCCCGGACGCCACCGCCGUCAAUGAGGCCUGACCACCACGGAGGGAGGGGCGCCGCAGAGCCAGCACCACUCCCAAAACUGGACAAUUUCAGCGACUGGUCGGACGAGGAGGGAGCGGGUCCGCUGGACACACAGGUUCCCCCAGCUCCGGCCGACAGGACUCCAGCAGAGCCUCUCAGAAGAGGCGCUGGGCCCAGACUGGGCAGGGAGAGGGAUAGGUGCAACCCCCCACCCAUUGCCCCUCUUCUUUCUCCCGACCCUCCAAUGCUGCUGCAGACCAUGACUCCACAGCCCCUCAUGUCUCAGCCCCUGCUCCGCAAACCCCCGCCGGAGCAGACACGGAGCAGCAGCAUGGGCAGCAACCAGAGCCGGACAUCAACUCGACGCCUGCGUUCUCCAUCCAACGAGUCGGCCCACCGAGAAGACCUCCCGGGCCCACGGGCGCGCCGGGGCCGCGUGCAGGAGACCACCUCACGCGACCGAGACAGAGAGAGAGAAAGAGAGCGUGAGCGUGAGCGUGAGAGGGAGAGGGAGAGGGAGAGGGAGCGGGAGCGGGAACGAGACCGAGAGCGCGACAGGCCAGUGGUAAACGAUCCUCCCGGGGUCGAGAGGAAGUCCCGAAUCGACCAGCUGAGGCGAGGAGAGCCAAGCCGCAGCACCUCGUCAGACCGCCAAGACUCUCGCAGCCAUAGCUCAAGACGCAGCUCUCCUGACUCUGAGAGGCAGGCCAGAUCGAGGUCCCGGGCCGGCUCCUACGACAGCCGAGAGCGGGAGAGAGACAGGGAGCCCUACGAGCGGGACAGAGACCGAAAGGAGCUCCGGCCACAGCCGCCCCAGCAGCAGCAGCAGCAGCAGCCGCCCCUGCUGCUCCAGCAGCCCCUCCAGCAGCAGAGGGACUGGGAGCCGGAGCCCAGGGACUGGCCCAGCCGGGGGCGGGAGCCCCUGCUGAUGCGUCCUGGGCGGGAGCCCCUCCUCAGGGACAGGGACAUCAGGGACAGGGAUCGCCUACUGCCAGAAGGACUCCUGCAGCAGCAUGAGCGAGAGAGAGAGCGAGACAGAGACGCCAGAGUGGAAAGAGGUGGGGAUCGAGAGAGAGAGAGGAUGAUGAUGAUGAUGGACCUGCCGCCACAUGGCGACCCCCGGGGUUCAGGACGAGGGGAUCCGAGGGGUGAUGCGAGAGGAGAUCCGCGAGGAGACAUGAGGCAGGACAGGGGCGACUAUGAACCUCUGCUGCCAAGAGAAGCCUUCAGUCCUCCAGAAGCUGAGAAACCCAGCAACAGCCACCACCUCCCGGGCGAACAGCGGGAGCUGGAGAAGACCGACAGUAUUGAUGGAGAUGAUGAUGAUGGGAAAGAUGACGACCAGUCGGUUGCUUCCGUUGGAGAAGAGUAUGAACCAAUCAGUGACGAUGAGCUGGAUGAAAUUCUGGCUGACAGUCACAAAAAAGAGGAUCAGCAAGAGGAUGAGAAAAUCACAGGACCCCUGGAUGUGAUUGACGUGGACUGGUCCAGCCUGAUGCCCAAACAGAAGCAGGAGCCCCGGGCAGCGGGGGCGGCGCUGCUGCGCUUCACCCCGGGGGCCGUGCUGCUGAGGGCCGGCAUCUCCAAGCGCCUCGCUGGCCCAGAGCUCUUGGAGCAAGUCAAGCAGGUGUGCAAGUCUGAGGUGGACGACCCCAAAAAUGUUGACAAGCUGUUUGAGCAUGACCUGGGGGCCCUGAACAUGGCGGCUCUGAACAGGCGGGUGGAGAGGGCAGGUUUGCUGAGCAACUUGGGGCCUUGUUGCAAGGCCCUGUGUGCUCGCAGGGACUUCGCCAUCCGCCGGCAGCUGUUAAAAAACGAGAAGGGCCUGACCAAGCAGUACCCUGCUACUCCCAUGGUUGACAACGAGCUGCUUCAGAUGAGCAUCCGCCUCUUCAAAAGGACCGUGGCUGGCCAGACCUUGGCCUCAGAAAGGUCUGAUAGUGGGUCGGCACCGGCAGCAGAAGCUGCUGAAGCUGGUAGUAGUAAGCUAGGCACAGCUCAGCCCGAGGGGUCUAAAUUAGAACGGACUGAUUUCCUUUACCCACAAGCCUCUCCUGUACAUCCGUCCUUCCGAUUUCCGGCUCAGCUACAAGCCGAGAUGGCCCCAACCAAGAAAGGAGAGAAAAAGAAGGGGCGUUCAGCCAUCAACGAGGUGGUGACCAGAGAGUACACCAUCAAUGUCCACAAGCGUAUUCAUGGAGUGAGUUUCAAAAAGAGGGCUCCCCGUGCAAUCAAGGAGAUCCGCAAGUUCGCCGUCAAGGAGAUGGGGACUCCUGAUGUUCGCAUCGACACUCGCCUGAACAAGGCAGUGUGGAGCAAGGGGAUCAGGAACGUGCCGUACAGGAUGCGCGUACGGCUGUCCAGGAAGCGUAAUGAGGACGAGGAUUCCCCCAACAAACUGUACACCCUGGUCACAUACGUUCCUGUCACCACAUGCAAAGGUCUGCAGACAGUCAAUGUGGGAGCCCCCCCGCGGCCCCAUGGCCUUUGGCUGAUGCGCAGAGCCAUGCGGCACCACUGGCUGCUCCUCGGGGCCUGCGGCUGGGUCCUGCUCAUCCUGAUCUUUGUCAGGAACUUCAUCAGCUUCAGAGCUGUGGACGAUUAUGGGGAGCGACCCGGUCAGGGUUGGACAGUGCCAAGCACCAAGGAGGGGAAAGCCAUUCCUGUGUCCAGUCCUGAAAAAAAAGCCCCAAAUUCAUCUCAUCAGUCCUCAGCGAGGCCGCCGGCCACAGGCUGGCAGGCAGUCUCUGACAGCCGGAUUGAGCUGCUGUCAAGCGUGUGCAAGAACAGCAGCCUCAGGAAUUUGACUCACGUCUCCAUCAGCAAGUUCGUCCUGGACCGCAUCUUUGUCUGUGACAAACACAAGAUUUUGUUCUGCCAGACGCCCAAAGUGGGAAACACACAAUGGAAGAAGGUCCUCAUUGUGCUCAAUGGAGCUUUCCCCAGUGUGGAGGAGAUCCCAGAAAACCUCGUCCAUGACCAUGACAAAAAUGGCCUGCCUCGCCUGUCUUCCCUCACUCCACAGGAGAUAACUCACAGGUUAAACUCUUACUUUAAGUUUUUCAUCGUGAGGGAUCCCUUUGAGCGCCUGAUUUCCGCCUUCAAGGACAAGUUUGUGAAGAACCCUCGCUUUGAGCCGUGGUACAAGCACGACAUCGCUCCCGCCAUCAUCCGGAAGUACCGCAAGAGCCACCGCGACAGCCAGCUGGCCGCCUCCGGCCUGCACUUUGAGGACUUUGUCCGUUACCUGGGCGACGUGGAGGGCCGGCGGCGCAUGGACCGGCAGUUCGGCGAGCACGUCAUCCACUGGGUCACCUACGCCGAGCUGUGCGCCCCCUGUGAGAUCCACUACAGCGUGGUGGGCCACCACGAGACCCUGGAGGAGGACGCCCCGCACAUCCUGAGGGCGGCAGGCAUCCAGCACCUGGUGUCCUAUCCGGCCAUCCCCCCGGGCAUCACCCGCUACAACAGGACCAAGGUGGAGCGCUAUUUCUCAGGCAUCGGCCGGCGGGACAUCAGACGUCUCUACGCACGCUACCAGGGAGACUUCCAGCUGUUUGGGUACCCCAGCCCAGAGUUUUUACUCAACUGACAGAUGAGCUCUGGUGUGCUGGUGUGAGAAGCUGGGACCCUUUGGUGUCUGCUCUUAUUUUGGUAACUCUGUUGGAAUGUCAUUGUUGGUGGCGACUAGGAAGCGCUGCCCGGGGUCAUCUAUUUAAGACAAUCGUCAGCAAACCCCGUUGCAGAUGUGAGGAGUUUCCUAAGGAGCAGCCAUACACGGUUGAUUCUUCUCCUAUUUAAUAUUCAUUUCUUUGUGUUCCUCUGUAAUCACACAUGUCAGAGGUGUGCUCUGUAACUUCAGGGAUAGAUUCUCAUAAUCCUGUAAUGUAGCUGUUAUAUUGCACUGUUUAGGUCCUGCGUGUCCACCCUUCAUCCUGUUGGUGGGUUGGGCUCCACGUGUCCUCUGUGGUGGUUGCUGAUGCGUCAAAAACAAGUAAAAGUUCCUGAAUCCGCAUCGCUCUUUGGACACCGAAGACUGAAGAAACCGAUGAGACACUGGUACUUUUCAUGGAUAUUUUUGCUGAGCGCUGUUACCUUUUUACAUUUUUUACCAUUAAUUUUUGCACAUUAAUGUCCUGUAAAAUACUAAGUUUGUCUUUAGAAAACACGGCAAUAUCCCGAGAAGCCUCAACACUCGAUUUGUGCAGCUGGAGUGGGUGGCAACUGGGACCGAAUUAAAAGAUUUGUUUGUGUUUUUUUUGUUUGUUUUUUU